AUGUCCACGAUCGCGGACAGAGCUUUGCUGUGGUUGCUGCGCGAUGGAUCUCUCGGUGACGCCAUUGCAAAGGUAAAGAAAGGCGAUGACUGCAUUGUGGUGCCGAUCGAUGCUUCCGAGGCGUUGAAUUGGGAUUUGGAGCUCGGCAUGGCAAUCUUGAUUCAGCCCCAACAGCUGUCGAUAGCGCUGCUUGAGCGGCUGAAGGAGCUCCGGGGGGUGGAUUCCGAUCGGGAAGAGCGUGAUUUCAAGCUGUCCGGUUCUCGGCUGUGGAUCAGGGUUUCUUCCGCUCCGGUUCAAGUAUCGCCAAUGGAGCGCCUCAGGAGCAAGGAUUGUAGCAUGGAUGACAAUGGCAAGCUCGUUCACGUCUUUGGAGUCGCCUAUGCUGUCCAUACGGUCGGUAAGAUAUCCUUCUCAGCGGGCUGCGCUUCCGUCCACGAUGAUUAUCACAAGCUCAAGGAAGAAAUCCAUCUCCCACGUUGUUGUUUUGCCGGAUUCUAUGAGGAUGAGUCGGCUGCUAUAUACAUUCGUCACCAGGAGGUGCUUCUGGGUCCUUCGCCCAGCCUUUCCACAGGCAACGUGAUAAACCAGCCGCUUGCUCGAAUUCAUCUAUUUGACGAUUUGACUCAAAGGAUCGAUGUCGGAGACACGGCGUCUGUCCUGGGACAUGUCUACACAACGAGCUUUCUUCCGACUUCAUUGCCCAAGAGCAGCAACUUGUUUGGAGAAAUUCAGAUCGAGGCCAACAACAUCUUGACGCUCGUUCCCAGAGACCUGAGUCCUUGGUCAGAGAAAGAAAGCACAGCUUCUCUGGAGCUCUUGACAGAACAGUUCUAUGGAGACCAGGAGUGUGGAUACCUCAGGUUUUCAACCAAGUACCAGAGGGUGGCAGUGAUUCUCAGCCUGGUUUCUACGCUACAAGAGACGAAGUCAAACAGGAAGCGAAUUCAUCUACUCUUCACGGCCAUGAGUUCGCUGUCAACGAUCACGGCCUUGCUGAAAGCAGCGGCAGCAUCCUCAACACGGUCAGUGUAUCACUCCGGUGACAAGAAGCAGCUGCUAGCAACAGUCGGUCGAUCUGCUGACCACGGGAGCUUGCACGCAGGGAGCUUAGCUUUGAGCAGUGGUGGUGUCUGCAUCGUCGACGUUUGCAAGGACUUCCUUACGAAAGAGGCGUUAAAGCUACUGUGCGACGCCAUGGACAAAGAGGUGCUCACCAUGAAGAACUGUCCAGAGCUCGUUGUGCCUUGCACGUCAACUGUCUGGGGCGUUCACGCGACUUGGAAUCCCCGUCGGGAGAGAGGAGUCUUCAAACAGGGAAGCAAAGAGCUUCUUCAUCGCCAACUCCUCAACAAAUUCGACAUCGUUGUUCCACUGUUCGAGGAGCAAAGUCUCGGCGAAGAUUCUAUCCGGAAGUUUAUCCUGGACUUCAGCGAAGGUGCCGCAAUCCGAGGCUCCGCCAGGCAUCGCAUCCGCCUCUCAUCGAGCAUCGAGAGCGUGACAAUGACUGAUGAAGCACAGCAACUGAUAAGCGGAUACUACCUCUUGCUGAGAAGAGCUUCGGAGAGCGACGAAGUCUCUUUGGCGACGCUGGAGAGUCUCAUGAAAACAGCCUCGGCCUGCGCACGGCUAUGCCUGCGUAACCAGGCACUCGAGGUGCCAGACGCAACGCUUGCAAUCUUCCUGUGCGAGAAAACACAGCAAGCCAAGUACGAGUCGUCACCUCUGGAGCAUCUAACGAAACGAUUUACUGCGCUAAACGCCAUGGAGGGCAAAUCACUUGACGCGUUCCUGGAAGACUUCCACGCGGACUUGAAACACUUCAUACAUUGCCAACCACGCCUGGAAGAGUGAGGCAUAUCGAAAAAGAAACACAAUUUUACGUGGC